AUCCAGUCGAGGAUAUUUCGACAGUCCGGUCACUCCAUAUCUCCUCAACACACCUACAACUACCGUCAAGUGGGUGAAAAGCACCUUUCAUUCGGAUAGCAUUGCUCUGCUGAAGCCGACUUCACCGCAAGAAUGCCGUCUUUCCAGGAAUGUCCUGAGGAUGGCCUGUCUACACCCCUGGCAGACUCAGAACAACAUGAGCACGAUGCUACCGUUCAAGAUGCUGGUUCUGGAGACUCCAUGGCUGAAUUCACCGACAUCCCAGUAAUGAUUGAGUCAUUGGAUGAGAUGUUAGCAGCAGAAAGUGAAAUCCCAACUGCCAAGCACGAGCCAUCCGAAGAUCAGUUUCCCGUGCAGCCAUAUCCCACGCCUGAGCUGGACCCUGCCGCAGUGGAGCAUGCCCGCUUGGAAUAUGAAAAGUACAUGGAAGAAGUGAGAGACAAGCCCGCACCUACUCCUCGCAUUGAGCGCGUCAAUGAGCCUGACUACUUUAUUGGCAAAGGCGUGGUCACCGGCGUCAGCUAUCAACUCAAUAAGACCCCCCGAGAGGCUCAGUCCCGGCAACCCAAAAAUGGACAACUUCACAAUUCAUACGUCCCCGACUACAAUGCCAACAAAACCAUUUGGGAAACACGAGAGGAGAGGUUAAAUGCUAUUGAUCAUCAAAAUGUCAUCCUCAAUCCUCGCGGCAGACUCUCGGAAUAUUUCGUUUGGGGGAUUUCAUACAACCCACCAGAUGAAUUGUCCCAGGGACACAGAGCUGUCCACAUCGACGUAUCGAUGGGAACUUUGCUGAAGAGCAUCCUUGACAAGAUGAACACGGGACCGAUUUACUCGGCGACCCUUUGCAACACAGUUGCAAUCACGGGGGGGUUGACUGCGUUUAUCAUUUUCGUUGAAGAAUCCGGAGCCAGCCAGUUGAAAUCCAAUUUGGCCAUCGAAUCUCUCAGGACAGUGCACAUAACUUCCCAUCCAACCUGGCCCAUCGGCCCUACCAUACUGAAGCAAAUCAAACAGGGCUGGACGCGCUGCCUAUCAAUCAGAGGUCUUCCAUCAGCAUUCUCCACGGGAGAUGUCUUCGACAUGAUAGUUCAGCCCGGAUACAGCCAAGUGAAAGAAUUGCUCGAAGUCCAGCGUGACGCCCAGGAAUGCUUCUUCGUGGAGUUUUCGUCCAUAGCUGCGGCGGACAAAGUGUACAGGCUUAUGAGUGCACAUUACAGAGGCAGCGAUGUAGCCGUAAGCUUUGGGGCUGAUCCAUGCUCCCUUCCUUUCCCGGUGCCAUUUGGUGCCACACCGGAUGCUUCUCCCACAACUCUUACCCCGUCAUCCUCUUUUGGAAGCGAAGAUAGCGAAUCAAUUGAUGAUAAGGCGUUCCUUAUUGCCAAAUAUGGCCUACCGCCAAAGCUUCGUCUUCGGAGGGCCUUGCCUGAGGUCCAUAAGCAGAGCAUGAUGGCUGCGUCAAAUAUUUCUCAUUUCGCAAACAAUACACGGCUUUCCAACUCCCUUGGUAAAGAAAAUGCACAGGAUACAUCCAGUACCAGAGUCGACGCCCAGCAAUACAUGGCAGCUGCGGCGUUGAUGAUGCAGAUUCAUGGAGAAGAUGCUUCACUCGCUGCUCAACAAACCAAAGCAGAUCCCGAGGUUGGCAGGGAUCUCUCUAAUCUUAUCCCAACUUUCGAAUACCAUGGGACUGGGACUGGGUUCAAUUGGGCCGAUGAGAUGAUAAAGGAAGCUGCCGGGGAAGGAUACAGCAAUACUCCAGCGCUCGAUAUCUUGGCACAGUAGGCUCUGAGUGGGAGCGUAUAUUGAAGUCUGCCAAGUCUGAAGAAGUGAUCGGUAUAUUUUUCAGCUUGGGAUGCGGAGGGUUCGCAGUGGACAUCUGCUAGCUGGUCCUGGGAAGGCGUUUAAGGGUAUUUUGGCGGGUG